AUGCCACACUCACUCACUCACGAGGACUCGGCCAUGUCUUCCAAAAGGGUUGGAGAGUACCCAAAGACAGGAAUCGAUGUUCUAGUCGUAGGUACCGGCCUGGCAGGUUUAACGGCUGCGAUCGAAUGCGUUCGCAAAGGCCACAAUGUCAGAGUCCUCGAGCGCAAUGCAACUAUUAACACUGCUGGUGACAUGUACUUCAUGGGCUUAAGCGCUACCCGCUUCUUCAAGCAUUGGCCCGAACUCGCAAAGGAAUACGACGAGAUCUCACUGCACAAUGCCUGGAUUGAGACUUUCAAGCAUACCGGCGAGGUUGUGAUCACGCCGAAGAAGGUCGCCGACAGGCUCAAGGCAGAUGGCCUGGACCCCAAGACUCCCCCCGGUACCUUCCAGAUGCGGCCGCUCAUCUACAAGAUGUUUGUGCGCCAGCUUGAGCGACUCAAUAUCCCAAUAGAAUUCAAUCGCCGCGUAGUCGAUUAUUUCGAGGAUGAGAAGACCGGUAAGGGUGGCUGUGUCACUGAGGACGGGAAGCGGUACGAAGCUGAUGUCGUGAUUGCCGCUGAUGGUGUGGGCUCGAAGUCGCAGCAGCUCGUUGGAGGUCAGGUUCGCGCUAGGUCUUCUGGUCGAGCUAUGUGGCGUGCUGCAUUCCCAAUUGAGCAUCUGGACCAGAAUCCGGAGGUGAAGGAGUUCUUCAAGAUGAUGCCCGGCAACGAGCCAAUCGUGCGGACAUGGCUAGGGCCUUCCACAUACGCUCUGACGCUCACUCGCGAAGACGUGAUGGUCUGGAUUGUCAACCACGAUGUCACGGGAACUGAGGCGGAGAGCUGGAACCACACCAUCGACAAGAAAGAAGUCCUCGAUGGUCUAGAUAAGAUGCCAGGCAUGGAGAAACACAAAUGGGCGCCAAUCUUCAAGGACCUCGUCAACUGCACUCCUCCUGACACCAUCAUCAACUUCGAGCUCCUCUGGCGCAACCCCCAACCCAAGUGGUGCUCUCCUGGUGCCCGGGUCAUCCAAAUAGGAGAUAGCGCACACUCCUACCUCCCGGCGUCCGGAAAUGGCGCCACUCAGGCGAUUGAAGAUGCCAUAUCUCUAGCGUCAUGUCUCCAGGUCGGUGGCGCUGAGAACGUGCCGGAUUCCGUGCGUGCACAUAUUCGAUUCCGCUUCAUCCGCAACUCCUGCGCACAGAAGCUAGGCUUCUCCAACGCCGAGCUGCUCCAAGACACGGACUGGGACAAGGUGAAGCUGAACCCCCGCCGCGCAGCUCCGCGUCUACCAAAGUGGGUCUGGGAGCAUGAUCCUGAGGCGUACGCGCAUGAGAACUAUGCCAAGUGCGUGAAGAGCAUUAAGGCAGGUGUUGCGAUGGAGGAUGAGACUUCGUUCCCGCCGAAUUAUCCGAAGGGCUAUAGGUACAAGCCAUGGAAUAUCGAGGAUAUUAUGGAGGAUAUGAGGAACGGGAAGGAGAUUGACCUGGGUCCGGGUGAUUGGAAUUAGGUCUGCGCUCUUGGGCUUGCUAGGUGAAGGAG